CAAUACUUAGUAGUUAAUACUUAACUUAUAACUUACUGUUCUAACUAUUAAUUAUAAUAAUUAUAAUUAUUAUUGCUAUUUGUUGGUCAUCAACUAUAAGUGAACAGUUAUCUGUUUUCUAUAGUGUCAAAUAAUUCAAUAGCAAUAAUCAAUACAAUUUUAUUAAGAUGUCCAGUCUAGUUAAACAUUCAAUAAACAAUUUAAACAAAAUAUGGUGUUCAAACACUAUGGUCGUACGAAGUUUAAAGUCCUGGACUGGUGGUAAAAAAUAUGUUGGAUUCACAUAUUAUCCUAGGGAAGGUGAAGUAGAUCCACCAUAUACUCCAACAAAAUUAUUCAUGGUUCAAAGAGUUAAACGAUAUUUAUAUAAUCCGUAUUGGCAAAAAAAAAUAUUGACUGACAUGGGCUUAGAUCAUAAAGGUAGUGAUAUAGCUAUUGUAAAAAAUACACCAGAGAUGAAUGCACGGUUAUGGAAAGUGAAACAUUUGAUAAAAAUAACACCAAUACAAACACCUGAUGGAUUGCCAGAAAAAGAAGAUUAUUGGGGUACACAUUUAGAUACUGAGGGUGUGUUUAGGAUUUCCAAAAAGUUAUUACCUGAUAUUAAGCGAUUAGAAGCUACCAAAGACUUUGAAAAAUUGGACAAGCGAGUAGAUAAAGAUACAGUAGAAAAAAAUUGUCGUAAUAAGUGGUUGAAUCCAUGGUCAACUAUUGUGUAAUUUAAAAUUAUUAUUGUUUUUUGUAGUAAAAUAAAAUAUUUAAGUAUAA